UCAUGUAGCGUAAAUUGUGACCUAGUGAAUUAGAUAAAUGGCAAACCAAAGUUCCGAGAGCCAUAUGGCCGGCCCCGAUUUAUUCCUACCCGAAUUUGGAUGGUAGACUGCAUAUUGACCUGAUCUCGUGUCCAAGUCAUGUGAUUCAGGUUCAGUUGGCCCCUGGUCCGCACUCGGGUUCCCCCAAACCUAAACCCAAAUUCGACCCAGUUGCUCCCCAGGAAAUCAAGAGAACCAAAACCAAAUGUCGCCACAGGGCCACUUGAGGUCCUGAGAGAAAUCCACCGGCCAGGCACCAGCCAGCGAACCGCCAAAGCUCAUCCAAUUUCUUGGCGUUCCCGACGAUGCGGAUUCAUCACCUCUUUCCGGAGAAUUCAAUCGCUUGAAAAGCUUCUUGUAGUUGAAACCGAGAGAGAAAAGAGAGAGACGGUAAAGAUGUCCUUUUCUCUGAGUUUUCUCACUACCCAGCAACCUUCUCACUGUGUACUCAAUUGCCGGCAUUUCGCCAUCUCAACGAGACAACGACUGCAAAAGCAACCCUUGCUCGGAGUAAUUUCGCGCGAAAUCUCGACUCCCCAUUUCAAGUUGAUUCUCGUUUCGAAAAGAUGUCUCUAUUCUGCGCGAGUUUACCAAAUAAGUGCUGAUAUUGAUGGCAGUGCGGGAGAUGACAGAAAAGAGCGAAUCGAUUCGUUUCUAGAGAUAGCGGAGGUUUUGUGCAUCGCCUCUUCUGCGAUCUUCACAGUCGGGGUUGCAGUGUAUUCGACUAUAUCAAAUGCUCAUACAGUUUCCAUUUCGGGUUCUCCUGGGAUGAAUUGGAGUUGUUUGGCUGGUCGACUUGUUGCGUGGCAGUUGGUUCUGUUGGUGGGUGCACUAGGAAUCGGAAGUUUGAUUCGAACUAGGCGGUGGAGUAGGAUCAGCAGGAGAAAUGCUGAUCGUCAGGACUCCACGGUUAUUGAGAGAAUUGAGAAGUUGGAGGAAGAAGUGCGGAGCUCCGUGACCAUUAUACGUGUUUUAUCAAGGCAGCUUGAGAAGUUAGGGAUUCGAUUUAGAGUAACAAGAAAGUCUUUGAAAGGGCCCAUUGCUGAGACAGCAGCACUGGCCCAGAAAAAUUCGGAAGUUACACGUGCACUUACAAUUCAAGAAGAUAUUCUUGAGAAGGAGCUGGGUGAGGUUCAAAAGGUUCUGCUAGCGAUGCAGGAACAGCAGCAGAAGCAACUUGAGCUCAUCCUUGCAAUUGCAAAAGCUGGUAGAUUAAAAGAGAACAACCAAGAUACUGUUUCAAAAGGCCGAACCAUAGCCACAUCAAAGUCUGUUCAGGAGAGUACGGCGAUUGAAGAAAUGGAGACUCAACUAUAAUUUUGACUGGGAAUUUUGAGCAAUAAGUAGUUUUGACAAGGGAUUAGUGUUUGAAUUUAUUCCAGUCUUUGAAUUUCAUAAGGUAUAGUGAAUUAUUUGCCCCAGCCCAAA